AACCGCUCCCAGCAGACACGCCCCUGCUUUACCACGUCACCGUCACACACGUUUCCCACGGUCCGUGAAGGCCACACGGCGCCGCCGCUGCUGUCGGCUCGAAUCCGGAUCAGACUCCUGAUGGAGCGGAAAGCGGAUCGUCAGCGCAAAUGAGGGUCACGUGUUGAAAUCAGUCUGGACGGGUUUCUUCAGAUCACAUAAGAAACCGGAUCCUCCGAACCGUUUCGGAACAGUUCGGUGACUUUUUUCCGUCUCUGGGAAAAAGUUCUGGGUAAAGUUUUUUUGUUGUUUUUUGGACUCUUGUUUUGCUGUUUCAGAGCAUGUCUGAGGCGGAGAAACCCCCAAAAGGUCCGGACGGUUCGGGAGGUCCAAACCCGGAGAACCGAAGCAGAAGCAAAGAGGAUUUGGAACUGGCUGCCGUCUUCGUGUCGGACGCUCAGUACAACAGGAACGUCUACUUUGACACGACACCACAGGCUGUCAGACUCUACCUGCUCUAUAACCACUGGGCUCCUCGGGUCCUCCUCUAUGUCUUCAUCCUGGUCGAUCUCUCGCUGGCUGUCUUUGAGGAGCCCGCGCUCGUUCCGCUGCCAAUGUGGGUCACCAUGCUGAUGGAGCUGCUGUGUCUGCUGGUCUUCACUUUGCGGCUGCUUCACUUUGCCAAAGUGAUUCCUCGAGAUAAGUUCUGGAAAGACCCGAAGAACAUCUGCAUUAUCGUCAUUGUGGCGCUGACUCUGGUGGACAUGGUCAUUUACGGCACGCUGAAGGCUACAGACCGCUACGCCGUCCGCUGGUCCAGAGUGCUCCGCCCACUGCUGCUGGUCAACAUCACAGAGGGCCGGCAGCUUCGCAGAGCGUUCCGAAGCAUCAGGAACGCUCUGCCUCAGAUCUUCUAUGUCUUCCUGCUUUUCAUGUUCAGCGUCCUGAUCUUCUCGCUCAUGGCGCUCAAACUCAUAGGGAAGCGUGGUCUGCAGACCAUCGAGGGCACGCCGUACUUCACCAGCUACCUGGACAUCGUCUUUGACCUCUACGUGCUUGUCACCACCGCCAACAGCCCCGACGUCAUGAUGCCGGCGUAUAAUUUCAGCUCCUUCUUCGCCAUCUUCUUCAUCCUCUACAUCCUCAUCAACACCUACAUCUUCAUGUCUGUCUUCUUGGCCGUUGUCUACAACAACUACAAGAAAUAUCUGAAGCAGGAGGUACGGCAGCUCGUCAGGGCCAAACGCCACAAGAUGGCGCGAGCGUUUGCUGUGCUGCAGGAGCACAGAGUAGAGGGGGCAGAGCCAGUGGUGACACAGCCCUGCUGGAACCAGCUGAUCCGAUUGGUGCAGCCGGACAUCAGUAACGCCCACCGAGAGCUGCUGUGGAGCGUCGCCGACGACAAGAACCAGGGAUGGAUCGGUAAAGUGGCGUUUGUCCAACUGGUCGACCUGCUGAACAUUGAGGUGAUCACGCUCAAAUCGAGGCCACACCCACUUCAGAUUUGGUGCCCCACCCUGUAUGACUCCACACCCAGUCGCCUCCUCUGCCGAUUGGUCCAGCACAGGGCCUUUGUGAUGGCAUAUGACCUCAUCAUCCUGGUGAACGCGGUCUUCAUUGGCCUGGACGAGGACGACCCACUGAUCGCCAACUCGGAGUGGGUGUUCUUGGCGCUCUACCUGCUGGAGAUCCUGCUGAAGCUCUAUGCCUUUGAACCCCGGGCUUUCUUCUCCAGGCACAACUUCUGGAACUGUGUAUCAUCAUCUCGUCUUAUAAGCACCAGGUUCGAUACCGUCAUCAUCCUCGCGGCUCUGAUCGCCACAAUCAUCAAUGCAGCAACAAAAUCAUCGGGCGGGUACACCAGCCGACAGAUUCUGGACAUCGUCUUUAUCCUGCGAGUCCUGAGACUGAUCCGGGUCGUGGACAGCAUCCAAAGAUUCCGUACUAUUAUCAACACGCUGAUCCGGAUCGGACCGGCCAUCCUUACUUUUGGCCAGCUCAUCAUUGUGGUCUACUACAUAUUUGCCAUGCUGGGGAUGGAGCUGUUCAAGGGCAAGGUGGUGUUCUUUGACGCCGACUCCAGCGACCCGGCGAAGGCGUACUGUGGGAAUCCUCAGCUGAAAGGAACCACUUUUGCUCAACUUAACUACUGCAAGAACAACUUCAACAACAUUGUGUCCUCCUUCGUCCUGCUGCUGGAGCUCACGGUGGUCAACCAGUGGCAUGUUCUCAGCAGCGGCUUCGUGGCCGUCACACACGUGACAGCCCGGAUCUUCUUUGUCGUCUUCCACAUUGUGGUCGUCAUCGUCAUCAUCAAUAUCUUUGUGGCAUUCGUCCUUGAGGCGUUCUUUGUUGAGUAUUCCUUGGAGAAGAGUGACCUGCAUACGUCUUUGGAGAAGAAGAUCGAAGAGCUGGAGCUGGCGUUUGCACAGGAACAAAUGGAAGAAAACCUGGUGAAUGCGAUGGAAACCAUCGAUAACGAUCUGGGAACUGGACAGUCAAGCAAGAGAAAGUCAACGCUCAUGUUUAAAAUUGCUUCUAAAAGGUAUCGGACGGUUGACGCCUUGUUGCAGAGGAUGUUUGAGGCCGAUCUGGACCCCGAGGACUUUGCCGAGUGCGACGAUUCAGAAGCUUCACCAGCCGGGAACUUUUCCAACCCGACCUUCAGCUCGAUGUGAUGCUGCAUGAUGAUGUCACCUUAAGAAAGCCUUAAACAUGACAUUAAGUUUGUGUGAAUGCAAUGGGACCAUGUUUGUCUUUGUAACUCCACCCACUGUGCGCUACAUGUAUGUUUGGACAGAUGUUUCUGCUCAUCAUCUGCAUAAAUGUUCUUUAUUUUU